AAUCGUAAGAAGAGGUCAGUAGUGCAGUUUAGCCGCUCGUAUAAGAGCAGCUCCGAACAUCAGUAACUCCAUUAAAGUAGAUCAACGUUGCACGGUGUCACCAUGAACGUGGUAGUGAUACCGUUCUUUUUAGCCGCGCAUCUCACCGUGGACGAGCCAUGGGAACACGGGCCGGAAUACACGUUUCAAGUCCAGGUGAACUGCACGGCGGUCCCAGAAGAGAGUGUUUACGGCAGCGUGCGGCUGAACCUGGUGUCGAAGUUGAUCUGCCAGCCGAAGAACGGCCAUACGUUAAGCUGCCACUUCCAGGACUCGAAGGCGAACAGCUUCGUCGUGGACAGCCUAGACCCGUCGGAGCCGGUGACGCCGGCCGGCCCGGUGAAUCGGCAGCCGGCUUACGAGAUCAAUGAGGAUCAGUUCGAGAUCAAGUUCAACAAGCGGGGGCUGGACGGCCUGGUGGUGAAUGAGAACAUUCAACCGCGCGAGCUCGACAUGAUACGCAUGAUCGUGGGCCAGCUGAGCGUAGGCGCUGUCCUCGAUGGCAUCGGGAACGACCUUACCUUCGACGUGAUGGAGAACUUUACCCAGGGCGAGUGUUACACCUCCUUCAAGAUCGACAAGAAACUCGUGGGACGUUCGCUGUACGCGAAACCCGGCUACGCGCUCAGGCCGGUCUUUGGCUUGAAGGACGGUAAGGUAGCGCAGAUACGGAAGAUUCGGAACCUGCAUAUGUGCGCGCACAGGGUGCCAUAUUUCUUCGGCAGCGCCGAGAGUUUCAGGGAAGAAAGCGACAUUAUGUCUGAAAUCAGCUUGUCAGAUGGUCAUAUCAUCGUAACAUCGACAGAGUUUAUAUCCGGUACAUCGAAUGUGAUAACGACGAGCAAAGUAACUGAGGCGGUGGUAACGACCCUUUACGAGAACGUACGGGUUAGGCUCGAAUCGAUUCAAGCUGCGUCGAGCGAACCGCCAGCUGUAAAAGAAGCUGAACCCGCUAGUAUCUUCAUAGGCAAGUGGUUAAUCGACGAUUCGUCCGAGGAAGAUAACUAAAGAGUUUUAUUGGUGCUACGUGGUGCACGAACAAACAAACGUUUGGUGUGAAAGGCGAAAUUGAGAUAUUCACUUGUCGCAAAGUGACUUAUCGAUUUGAUUUAUUUUUCCCUGGAAUCGCGCAACAUUGCAUUUGCACAUUAAGCAUAUUGCAAAUACUAUGUUGCGCAUGUGAGAUAACUUUAAAUUAUAAAUUAAAUUAUAUUGUAGUAAUGUUGAUGAUAAUUAAUAAGAAGAAAAUCGUCGUAGGCGUGUUGAAGUUUAAUGUGUGAGAGAAUGAAGCUUUAUCAUUUGUAUAAUACUGUAAAAAUGGCACAAAAUAAAGGUAUAUAUUAAGUUUA